CUCCCGGAAGUGACUCGGCCUUGCACCCCCCCUCCCCCCGCCCGCUUUUCCCAUUACCGCCCCCCACAUUGCUAUUUCCCUCCCUCCCCCCUUUUGGUUUCCGGCUCCCGCCUUCUCCGUGCAGCGGCUCUACUCUAAGCCUUUGGGGGGGGGGAGGGAGGGAGGGAGGGGGGCGUGGAGGAACUGGAGUUCUUGGGAGUACGAGUGGCAGCACCACUUCCGGAAAGUUCUGGAGCCCUGGAAAGGAGAAGGAAUAAAACGGCAGGAGGAAGAGAGAGAGAGGGUAGAAUGGAAGAAUCUCACUUCAAUUCUAACCCGUACUUUUGGCCUUCUAUCCCCACAGUGUCGGGACAGAUUGAGAACACAAUGUUCAUCAAUAAGAUGAAGGAUCAACUGUUGCCAGAGAAAGGUUGUGGGCUGGCUCCACCUCACUACCCUACCUUGCUGACUGUGCCUGCCUCAGUGUCCCUGCCUUCAGGCAUCAGUAUGGACACAGAAUCCAAGUCAGAGCAGCUGACCCCACACAGCCAGGCGUCCGUUACCCAGAAUAUUACUGUGGUCCCUGUGCCGUCUACAGGACUUAUGACUGCUGGAGUCUCCUGUUCUCAGAGGUGGAGAAGAGAAGGGAGUCAAUCAAGGGGUCCAGGUUUGGUAAUCACGUCCCCCUCAGGCUCUCUUGUGACCACAGCCUCAUCAGCUCAGACCUUCCCCAUUUCGGCUCCCAUGAUUGUCUCAGCUCUUCCCCCUGGCUCACAAGCUCUGCAGGUGGUCCCUGACCUCUCCAAGAAGGUAGCAUCAACCCUAACAGAAGAAGGAGGCGGAGGUGGUGGUGGAGGUGGCAGUGUGGCUCCUAAAGCCCCCCGGGGCCGGAAGAAGAAGCGGAUGCUGGAAUCAGGGCUUCCUGAGAUGAAUGACCCUUACGUCCUCUCCCCUGAGGAUGAUGAAGACCAUCAUAAAGACGGCAAGACUUACAGGUGCCGGAUGUGCUCACUGACAUUCUACUCAAAGUCGGAAAUGCAGAUCCACUCCAAGUCACACACCGAGACCAAGCCCCACAAGUGCCCACAUUGUUCCAAGACCUUUGCCAACAGCUCCUACCUGGCCCAGCACAUCCGUAUCCACUCAGGGGCUAAGCCCUACAGUUGUAACUUCUGUGAGAAAUCCUUCCGUCAGCUCUCCCACCUUCAGCAACACACCCGGAUCCACUCCAAGAUGCAUACGGAGACCAUCAAGCCUCACAAGUGCCCGCACUGCUCCAAGACCUUCGCCAACACAUCCUACCUGGCCCAGCACCUCCGUAUCCACUCGGGGGCCAAGCCCUACAACUGUUCCUACUGCCAGAAGGCCUUCCGCCAGCUCUCCCACCUCCAGCAGCACACACGAAUUCACACCGGCGAUAGACCAUACAAAUGUGCACACCCAGGCUGUGAAAAAGCCUUUACACAGCUCUCCAAUUUGCAGUCCCACAGGCGGCAGCACAACAAAGAUAAACCCUUCAAGUGCCACAACUGUCAUCGGGCGUACACAGAUGCAGCCUCGCUAGAGGUGCACCUCUCCACGCAUACGGUGAAGCAUGCCAAGGUGUACACCUGUACUAUCUGUAGUCGGGCGUAUACAUCGGAAACGUACCUUAUGAAGCAUAUGCGCAAACACAACCCUCCUGAUCUCCAGCAACAAGUUCAAGCAGCGGCAGCAGCAGCAGCAGUGGCGCAGGCCCAGGCUCAGGCCCAGGCCCAGGCCCAGGCCCAGGCCCAGGCCCAGGCCCAGGCCCAGGCCUCCCAGGCAUCACAGCAGCAGCAGCAGCAGCAGCAGCAACAGCAACAGCAGCAGCAGCCACAACCACCACACUUCCAGUCUCCUGGGGCAGCCCCCCAAGGUGGGGGUGGUGGGGACAGCAACCCCAACCCUCCACCUCAGUGUUCCUUUGACCUGACCCCCUAUAAGACGGCGGAACAUCAUAAGGACAUCUGCCUCACUGUCACCACCAGCACCAUCCAGGUGGAGCACCUGGCCAGCUCUUAGAGACCUGUGCUACCACCCACUAGGAAGAGGGAAAGGAAGUCUGGUCCCUUUUUUCUCCAACAUCUCUUGGUGGGAAAAGUCCUCUACCUUGACCGGCCUUGGCUCCAUCUCCUUAGGCCUCAAGCACGGCCUUUCAUCACAGGAUGCCAUCCUUAUCUUCAAAAGGAACAUCAGCCCUCCUGAUUGGCAAAAGAAUACUGAGCUGGUAGUGUAAUCCAGCAGCCUCCCCUCCCAAGCAUAGCUUUUGAAAAUUGGGGGUUGGUGCUCAAGGGAGGGAUUUGCUAUGACCUCAUAGAAACUUGUAGGCACUUACCCUCUCUUUAAUCCUCAUCCUCAAAAGUUUGGGCUGAUAGAAGAUUGGCCCUUCCAGAUAUCAGAGAAGAGAGCGCUAAAUGCAACCAGCCUCCUGUUCUGUUCUUGCCUGCAAAAGAACAGCGGUUUUUCAAAUCCCCUAACCCUGGGGGCCAUUUAUUCCCCUAAAUGGUCUCUCACUUCAUUUCCUACCUAAUGCUGGAGGAAGCAGCUCUGGGUGGGAAUCAGACCUCCCUUUAUUUAUAAGAGGGUAAGGGCUGAGAUGUGGUCCCCAAGGGGCCAGAGAUUCCCAAGGUUGGUAAAGGGUGGCUUAGAAGUGUGGGUUAUGGUUUUCCUUGGAGCUGUUCUCCCCCUUCUCUGUCAACCAAGGCUCUGUGCCCUCAGUCUCCCUAUUCUAAACCUCAAAGAGCUUUGGGAGCUUUGUGUUCUCUAUGAAACCCCAAAAGAAUGGGGAUGUUACAGAGAAGGGAGAGUUCAGGGCAAACCCAAGGACUGGACUUAACUUCCUAGGUGCCACGGUCAGUUACCGGACACGGAUUUAUAUAUAAAUAUAUAUAUAUAUAUAUAUAUAAAUAUAUAUAUACCCACUCAUCACAGUCAUCUUUGUUGUAACCAUUUCUGUGUUUAUAAAUGCAUUAUCUCUGAGAAUUUUCAUAUUUGAUGUUUAUUUUUAUUUUAUUUUUGUCUUGAUUUUCUUUUCCACCCUGUCCCUCUGGCCAUAGCAUUCUUAUUUCCUUUUUUUUAAAUCAUGGCAGAUUUCAGAGAAAAAAAAAAUCAGGAAACCAGUUGUUACAAAGCAAUUUAAAAUGAAGAAAAAAAAAUGUACAAAACAAGGGGUGUUUUUAGAAUAUUGUAUAGAAAUAAAUUUGUGUAAAAGG